AUGGAAAAGUCUUUCUUGUGCUUGCUGCUCAUAGCGGUUUAUGCCGCGUCCGCCAUUCCAACUAGCUCAUUGUAUUCUGAGGACCACUCAUAUCCUCGAUACAUUGACUUUCCUGAUGGCGAAGGAAACAUGCACAAGGUAGAUCUUGAGGCUGAGCCUGACAUGGAACUCCUCAAUAAUAUUGAGAGGAACCCAGCCAACAACCAGUACCUACUCUUCACCAGGCGUAACCCUGAUAAUCCUCAAUCACUGGUAAUAAACGAUGCUGCUUCUAUUGCCAACUCGAAUUUCAACCCAAAUGCUCCCACCGUUGUUGUUGUCCAUGGCUGGCUCAGUAACCAAAACACCAACAUUAAUCCUACCAUUAGGGAUGUCUACUUGAGGAAACUUGAGACAAAUGUAAUUGUAAUGGACUGGAGAAGACUAGCGUUGUCUGACUACGCCACUGCAGUCAGAGGAGUACCAGCUGUUGGUCGUGGCCUUGGACGGUUCUUGGCUUUCCUGAGCGAGCUUACUGGGCAACCACUAACCCAGAUGCAUCUUAUCGGCUUCAGCUUGGGUGCUCACGUUGUCGGUAACGCUGGACGUGAACUUGGAGGCAAAGUCGCUCGAGUCACAGCUUUGGACCCUGCUGGUCCCCUAUGGAACUUGAACAGCAACCGUGUCAACCCUAAUGAUGGUAUCUACGUCGAGGCUAUCCACACUGAUGGUGGUUACACCGUCGGAGGUCUUGGUAUCGGCUCCAACGUCGCCAAUGCUGACUUCUAUCCCAACGGUGGUAUCUCCCAACCUGGCUGCCUCACCAACUUCUGCAACCACAACCGUGCUUGGGAAUUCUUUGCUGCUACCGUUACCUACAACCAUUUAGUUGGUCGAUUGUGCAACAACCAAAUUCAGUUGUCAUUGAACACGUGCCGUGGUGCUGAACUUCGUAUGGGCAACGAUAUCUUAACAAAAUCUGGAUCUGGAAUGUACCGAUUGGACACCUCAAGGCGGUACCCUUACUAG